AUAUAAACGCUUUUUUUGUGGAAGUGCUAAAGCGUUUGCUUGUAUACUGAAAAUGAACUCCGGCACCGAACUUCCUGCGCUGUCUUCAGAUUCCGACUCCGACUCCGGCACCGUCUCCACCCAAUCCCACCGCCACUCCGAUCUCUCAUCCACCAUCUUCAAAUCCUACCUUGAUCUUGCCGGCGGAGGCAAUCACCAUCAGCACGAUCUCCUCAAGAUCCAAUCUUUCCUCACCUCCUCCCGUUCUGGCGCCCUCUCUUGCCUCAUCUGCCUGGAGCGCAUCAGGCCGGUUGACCCCACCUGGUCCUGCACCUCCCGUUGCUUCGCCGUCUUUCAUCUCCUCUGCAUUCAGUCAUGGGGCGUCCAGGCCUCCAAUCUCGCCGCCGCCCGUGCAGCAUCACGCGCCGCGACAACCAACGACAAUUCCCUCCUCUGGCACUGUCCCAAAUGCCGAGUCGAAUACCCCAAACACCAAAUCCCCAAGACCUACCACUGCUUCUGCGGGAAAAUCGAAAACCCGCCCCACGACCCAUGGGUUUUACCACAUUCCUGCGGUGAAAUCUGCGGCAGGCCAUUGAAACACAAUUGUGGGCACCAUUGUUUAUUACUCUGCCAUCCAGGUCCCUGCCCCUCCUGCCCUAAAUUAGUAAAAGCCGAGUGCUUCUGCGGGUCUACUGAGGAUAUGAAACGAUGUGGUUUCAAGAAUUUUUCCUGUAACUCCUCUUGCAAAAAGCUAUUGACUUGUAAGACUCAUAGGUGUACUGAAAUCUGCCAUGAUGGGGACUGCCCACCAUGUGGCUCAAAAGGCCUUUAUAACUGCCUAUGUGGGAAGCUGAAGAUGGAAAGGCAAUGUCAUGAGAGUAUUUUCAGGUGUGACAAUCCAUGUGAUGUGUUGUUGGGAUGUGGUAGGCAUAAGUGUCAGAGAGGUUGCCAUGAGGGUGAAUGCGGAAAGUGCCCACUUCAGGGGAAGAGGACGUGCCCGUGUGGGAAGAAAGAGUACAACGGGAUAUCGUGUGAUGUUCUUCCGCCUGUAUGUGGGGAAACUUGUGAAAAAAUGCUGAGCUGCCAAUAUCAUAGGUGCCCCGAGAGGUGUCACCGGGGACCAUGCAUUGAGACUUGUCGAAGUGUUGUAACAAAGUGGUGCAGGUGUGGGAGCUUUAAGAAACAGGUUCCUUGUUACCAAGAUUUAACCUGUGAGAGGAAGUGCUUGAAACUUCGGGAUUGCGAACGACAUGCCUGCAAGCGUCGCUGCUGUGAUGGAGAGUGCCUGCCUUGUUCUGAGGUAUGUGAUAGGAGGCUUCGGUGUAGAAACCAUAAGUGCCCUGCUCCAUGUCACAGAGGUGCUUGUGCUCCUUGCCCAGUGAUGGUGACAAUCUCAUGCUUGUGUGGUGAGACAUACUUUGAGGUUCCUUGUGGUACUGAAUCUGAACAGAAACCACCUAAAUGCCCUAAAUUAUGCCGUAUGACUCUUCUAUGCAGGCAUGCAUCAAUUUCUAAGCCACACAAAUGCCACUAUGGUGCUUGUCCCACAUGUCGUUUAGUUUGCAAUGAAGAAUACCCUUGCGGUCACAAGUGCAAAUUGAGGUGCCAUGGCCCAAGGCCUCCCCCUCUUCCUGAAUUUACAUUGAAACCAAAGAAAAAGAAGUCAACUCUGCAAAAUGAAUCGACCCCUGGAACGCCAUGCCCUGCUUGCCCAGAACUUGUAUGGAGGUCUUGUGUGGGUGAGCACAUUGGAGCAGAAAGGAUGAUGGUGUGCUCAAACGUGGCUGAAUUUUCAUGUGACAAUCUAUGUGGAAAUCUUCUCAAUUGUGGCAACCACUAUUGUACUAAAGUGUGUCAUGCCGUGAAGUUGAUUCCAUCUUCUUCUGCAUCUGAAGGCCAAUCUAGAGGCGAUUCAUGUGAAAAAUGUACGCUUCGCUGCCAAAAGGAGAGAGAGCCUGCAUGUCCCCAUCCUUGCCCCUUGCCAUGUCACCUUGGAGAGUGCUCUCCUUGCAAAGUAUUGAUAAAGAGGUCAUGCCAUUGCGGUGCAAUGGUUCACGUAUUUGAGUGCAUCUACUACAACACCCUCUCUCCAAAAGAUCAAUUGUCUGUUCGGUCAUGUAGAGGACCCUGUCACAGAAAGUUACCAUAUUGUACACAUCUUUGCCCUGAGAUAUGUCAUCCUGGUGACUGUCCAAUACCUGAACAGUGCUCGAAAAAGGUUGUCAUUCGUUGUAAAUGCCAAACCUUGAAAAAGGAGAUGCUAUGUAAAGACGUACAAGCAAUAUAUCGGCGUAGUGGGUAUGAUGAUCCCAAAGAUGUGUCUAAAAGCCGCCAAUAUGGAGUUGGUCUACUUCCUUGUAAUCUCACUACCGAUUGCAAGUCCAAAGUUAGGGGUGCCGCCGAGUCGGAGUUACACCUUCGAAAACCCAAACUUGAAGAGGAAGAGGAGCCAGAUACCAAAACCAAUGCAAAAAAGCGUAGAAGACGACGAGACCAUGUGCAGGAAGACAUGAAAAUCUCAAGACUGCAGCGAUUAAUAACUGCUACCUGGAGGCUGCUUCUAUUUGUCAUUGUGAUCAUAACUCUGAUAAUAUCAUCGUUUUAUGGCUACAAAGGCUUGGUGUGGUUAUCAGAUCGAAUGAACGAAGCUGAAAUGCAGCGAAGAAGCAGAUAUCCUUCUCGUAUUUAGCCAAAGAAGUAGCCACCCAAACAUCUCAUCCUAAAUUUGUAUGGGAGCUUAAACAUCUCAUCCUAAAUUUGUAUAGAAUUAAGAAAAAAGCUAACAAUACAAAUAAGACUACAAAGUUUAAAGUUAAAUCUUUUAUUCAGUUGACCAUUUUGAAUGUAACUCACAUCUUGAUACUGAGAGCUUGCAAAUCGUAUUAUGAUAUUAUGGUUGGUUUCUUGGUCCAAGUAUUUGGCUAAAGCAAUGAUAAAAAAACUUAAGGGCAUCAGUCUCACUGUUUUUGUAGACCCAUGAAUUUAAUUCUCUAUUUAUAUAUGAUGAGUUGACAAUGAAAUGUAUUGAGAUGCCC